AGGUGUUUAUGAAGCGCUGGGGGCGGAGGAGGAGAAUUAGUCCGAGUGGAGCUAGCGAGCCGAGUGGUUGUGUGGUCGCGUCUCGGAAACCAGUAGCGCUUGCAGCAUGGCUGACCAACUGACUGAAGAGCAGAUUGCAGAAUUCAAAGAAGCUUUUUCACUAUUUGACAAGGAUGGUGAUGGAACUAUAACAACAAAGGAAUUGGGAACUGUGAUGAGGUCUCUUGGGCAGAAUCCCACAGAAGCAGAGUUACAGGACAUGAUCAAUGAAGUAGAUGCUGAUGGUAAUGGAACGAUUGACUUCCCUGAAUUUCUGACCAUGAUGGCAAGAAAAAUGAAAGACACAGACAGUGAAGAAGAAAUUAGAGAAGCAUUCCGUGUGUUUGACAAGGAUGGCAAUGGCUAUAUUAGUGCAGCAGAGCUUCGCCAUGUGAUGACAAACCUUGGAGAGAAGUUAACAGAUGAAGAGGUUGAUGAAAUGAUCAGGGCAGAAAUGUGUAUGGUCAAGGUAACUAUGAGAGUUUGUACAAAUGAUGACAGCAAAGUGAAGACGUUGUACAGAAUGUGUUAA